AUGAUGGCUGUCGCAAACACACCCCCUCACAUUGUCGCCAUUGAGGCCAUACAUUGUCCCAUACCGACUUUUGAUAUCCCCCACACGCUCACGGUGCAUAAUUGGACUUCUGCGUCAGAGCUGGCAGAGAGAAUAAAAGAUGCCACCGUCAUUAUUACCACGACCAUCAGGCUUUCAGCCCGAGAAUUUAGCCCAGAUCUCACACCAAGACUCCGGCUUGUCGUGGCGAUGGGCACAGGCACAGAUCACAUCGACAAAGCUGCUGCCAAUGCCCGUGGGAUUGUUGUGUGCAAUUGUCCGGGAGCUAAUCUCGAAAGCGUCAGUGAGCAUGCGAUAGGAAUGUACUUCGCAACCCGACGGAAAUUAUUGGCUCUGACCCAGGCUACCACUUCUAUCCUGCCGCCGCCGGCCUCCGAUACGGAAUGGAAAGUCAAAGGUUCUUUACGAGAGCGGCUCCAGAUGGCAGACAGGAAGGCACCCCUGUCAUGCCGUGAUGAAACGGUGGGGAUCAUUGGAUUUGGUGCGUUGGGGAAACGAAUUGCCCGAAUGGCAGAGGGACUGGGUAUGUCCGUUCUAGUCGCUGAACGAAAGGGCGGUUCCCCUCGAAAUAACCGGACAUCGUUCGAAGACGUUUUGAAGACGUCUACUGUUCUGGUUUUAUGUCUGCCACGAACUCCCGAGACGUUCGAUUUGAUUUCGACGGCUGAGUUGCAUAUGAUGCCUCCACAGGCCCUGCUUAUAAACGUGUCUAGGGGUGGCAUAGUCAACGAAGCGGCCCUCCUGGCUGCUCUGAAAAGUGGUCGGAUAUCAGGAGCUGCCACGGACGUCUUCGCGAUUGAACCCACCGGCCGAGCGGAUUCUCCGUUGCUCAGUGCAGAAGCGCAGGGGCUAAAUUUGAUCCUGACCCCUCAUUUGGCAUGGUAUGCGGAACAGACUCUGACCAACAUCCAGGCUCUUGUCAAAUCAAAUGUUGAGAGCUGGUAUACUGGUGACGUGGCCAAUGAAGUCAAAUGUCAGGAAUUGGUAUAG